CAGUCAGUUACUUCAGCCUCCUCUGAGCAGUAAUCACCUCUACAUCCCUUCAUCAUUUCUUCCAUUUUCUCUUCUACUAUGGAUGUGAAAGACAAACGGUGUGAUGAUCUGUUCCUUUUAAUUGAGAAGCAGGAGCAAUUUGCAAAUCAUCUCAUGGAUUUUGCCAAAGAUUUGGAGGAGAUGACUAAAACUAUGACUAAAGGCAAAUGUGUGGGAAACACAGCAACUGUGCUUGGGUCUGCUACCCUAAUUGGAGCAGGCAUUGCUUUUUUUACUGCAGGAGUGGCCAUACCCUUUCUGGCAACGGCAGCAGGUGCUGCGGUUUUGACUGGCACUGCAACCAGUGUUACGUGUACGGUUAUUGAAAUAUGGAAAUCCAAUGAAGCAAUGAAAAAUGCAGAAAGAAUCGCUAGUGAAAUUGAAGAGAUUUGGAAAAAAGUGAGUGAGAUUCAAGACCUUACAAGCAUGUCGUCUGAUGAAUUGGGGAGGAAAAUCACAGAAACAAUCCUGAAAGCCGUGGCCAAAAAAGCAGCAACAAAAGGAGCAAAAUAUGCAGCAAAAACAGCAGUACAAAAAGGAGCAAAUUAUGCAGCAACAAAAGCAGUAACAGAAGGAGCAAAGACUUCUGUAUUUUUGGCGACUAAAGAAGGAACGUCUCUUGCACUAAAAACUGUGUUGAAGGGAACAAGCCAGUUUGCAGGUGGAGCCCUUGGCAUAGUGUUCACACUUCCUGAUCUCAUUGACAACUGUCAGAAACUGUAUGAAGGCAAACAUGAGACAGAUGCUAGCUCAUGUUUGAGAGAAAAAGCUAAGCAAAUCCACGAUGCUGUGAAACAAUUAAAGGAGCAGAUGAAUAACAUUGAAGACAUGUACAAUGAAACUUCGGACAGCGAGUGACAUUGAUUUGGCUACAAUCAAUAGCCUUUUUUCAUAAAUCCCCUGGAAGAACUGUUCUGUGGGUUCAUCAUUAACCAUUCACCUUCUUGAACUACUACUUUUCACCUUCUUGAACACCUAAUUUCAUUGAAUAUGCAAUCUACACACCAAUUAAUGCCUAACUUUGAGUGCAUUCUUAGUCAUAAACUAGCCUACUGUAUAAAACACUGAGCAAAUAUAAAUUUAGAUAUCAGUUAACAAAUGUAUAAUCACUAAGCAACAUUAUUUAAUCAUGCAUGCUAUUCAGACUAAUCAUGUUAAAUAAACUAAACAUAAAACUAUCCUUUCUCCAGCAUCACAUUUUAUUUUUGCUAAUAUUUCUUACUUAGUAUAAAUUGUAUAAUGUCCAUUCGGUAUCCAGUAGGAAAUUUAGCUAACUUAGUGUUAGAAGCAGUCACAACUGUUAUAAACAAAAUAACUGGGGUUCAAUAUAGUUUUACAGAUUUUCCCAGCAGACACCAGACACCAAGCAGGCAAAGUAAAACGCAGUAAUACUAUAAAAAUACAGUACAAUCCAAACUUCGAUCAGUUUGAUUAAAGCUGCUGCUGAACACAGAUAAAUAAAACUCUUUAGACUUCAGAAUUCAUUUGAUUUAUCAUGUAAUCAUGCAAGAGUUCUCUUGUAAAACAAAGUUGAGUUUUGUGUUCCCCUCUGCAGUGAUGCAGCACUCGGCUUGCACUUUUCUUUCUUCUUCUCUGUCUAUUGCUGUUGUCAUUUUGCUGUCAUUUAUUCGACAUUGGCCCAUGUAUUUUUACUAGAUUAUCUACACAGGUAUCAAACGUCCAUUUUAGAUUACCAGCAACUCCUGUGAUCUGGUGUUAUAGUACAUCGGGUAAAUGUUCACUCAUCAUUAGGAAACCCUUGUGCAAUUAUACUAGCAGUAUCUGUUUGUAUCAGUUUGAUUACAGUCUCAAAAUGGCCAGAAACAAAAGAAUGUUCUACAGAAACUCAUCAGUCUUGAGACCAGAGAACCUGAAGGAAUCCUGCACAGUCACAGGGUGAAAAUGUAGUUGUACAUGUAGUUGAACCGUACACAUGCACAAUAUGUACUAAAUCAACUUUUAUGACGAUGUAAGGAUUAGGAUUUUCAAUUCAUUUCUUUUUUAUUUCUACAAGGUCCAAAUUAAAUCUUAAUAAAGUGCAUGAUGCUACGCCCUGCAGACUUCUAAUUUAAAUCCAGUGUUUCACUAACAGUAUGUUUUGGAAUGACUGAAAGACAAUAUGGCUUACUCUGAAUUUUAAACA